AUGCACCGAAGUGCCCUCGGUGGGUUGGGGGCAUACAACCGCCCCACCACCGAACUCCCUCCAACACUCCCCCUUGCACCCAACCCACUAGGGGGUGGGCGCGUCCGCCAAGGUGCGAGUGGAGGCGAGGGGCCUGCCAAGCCAAUCACCCCUUACAUUGCUCCCAUUCUCUACCCAUACCCUCCCUUCCCUCGCAGCGUUGGCGUCUCUUUCCCCGGAGUGGAGGUGCGCUUUGAGGGGGUGAGCGCGUCUGCCAAGGUGCAAGUGGGGAAGAGGGGCCUGCCUACGCUGCCCAACCAGGUCUCGAAUACUGUCGGCGCAGUGCUGAGGGAGUUGCGGCUACUCAAGGACCAGCGCCGCCUCUUCUUCGCUCUUGACGGCUGCUCUGGCAUCCUCAAGCCUGGCAGGUUGACGCUGCUGCUGGGGCCGCCAGGCAGCGGCAAGUCAACGCUGCUGAGGAUCCUGGCAGGGAAGGCGGAGAGGGAGCUGGGCGUGCAGGGCGAGGUAACGUACAACGGCCGUCGGGGGAGCCACUUUGUGCUGCCGCGCUCCGUGGCGUUUGUGCCUCAGACGGACUCCCACAUCGGCGAGAUGACUGUCCGCGAGACCCUCGAGUUCUCGGCUCGCCUGCAGGGGCCGGGUCACAGGUCAGACCUGUUUCGGCAGCUGGAGGAGAAAGAGCAGGAGGCAGGAGUCCAGCCCGAUGACGUCAUGCAAGCCGUUAUGAAGGCAAUGGCGGAUGGGAGGCAGUGCUCCGAUGUUGUGGUGCAGUACGUCCUUAAGAUGCUCGGCCUGGACGUGUGUGCUGAUACCAUGUUAGGAGACAGCAUGCGUAGAGGAGUCUCCGGAGGGCAGAAAAAGCGGGUUACCACCGCCGAAGCACUCCUGGGUGCAAAGCAAGUCCUCCUAUUGGACGAGAUUUCCACCGGUCUCGAUUCCGCCACCACUUACCAGAUCACCCGGUGCCUGCGCAACCUCACGCACUUAACUAAUACCACCACCCUCAUCUCCCUGCUGCAACCCGCGCCUGAAACCUUUGAGCUGUUUGAUGACGUCAUGUUGAUGUCAGAGGGGCGGAUUGUGUACCACGGGCCCAGGGAGGAGGUCACCUCGCUAAAAGACCAGGAACAGUACUGGGACCCCUCCCAGCCGCACCCAUACCGUUACGUGUCCGUCCGAGCCUUUGAGGAGGCCUUCCGAGCCUCCAGGUUCGGCAAGCAGAUGGAAGCAGAGCUCUCGAUUUCAUUCGAGAAGGAUCGGGGUGCAGUCAAAGGCGAGAAUGAGGGGAAAGACGUGAAAGACAGGGGAGAGAGUGAGGGGAAGGACGUAGAAAACGGAAAAGAGAAGGGAGAGGGAGACAGAGAGGAUGGGAGCACGGCUCUUGCUCUUGCACAGAGGCGGUUUGGGCUCUCUCCCCUUGCCAUUCUCACCAUUGUGGGGGAUCGCGAGUGGCUGCUAAUGAAGCGGAAUGUGUUUCUUUACAUCGUGCAGACCAUGCAGAUCCUCCCCCUCGCUAUAGUCACAAUGUCAGUCUUCUGGCACUCCCAAUUCUCCAUCACCCCUCUGGACGGCAAUUACUACCUGGGCGCCAUUUUCUUCGGUAUAAGCACGAUGCUAUUCAGCGGAAUAAUCGAGCUCACACUACUAACAGCCCGCCUGCCCAUCUACUUCCUCCAAAGGGACAACCUGUUGUUCCCCGCCUGGGCCUGGUGUGUGCCCAUGGCGCUGCUCUCUCUGCCCAUCUCGCUGUGGUCUGCCGGGGUCUGGACCACCAUCACCUACUAUGGCAUCGGCUUCGCUCCGGAGUUUUCCCGCUUCAUCACCCAACUUAUCCUCUUCUUCAUCACCCACAUGUCUGCCUCUGCUCUCUACCGAGCCAUGGGAGCAAUAUUCCGCAGCACCACGCUCAUCAACACGCUUGGCAACUUCAUCCUCGUCCUCCUCUUCCUGCUCUCAGGGUUCCUCAUCACCAAAGACGAUAUCCACACCGUGUGGGUGUGGGUGUACUGGAUCUCGCCCCUCACGUACUGCCAGAACGCCUUCUCUGCUAAUGAGUUCCUCGCCCCCAGAUGGGAUGUGCCCUCCGACCCCCCAUCGCUGAACACAGCAAUGGGCAUUCAGGUGCUCACAGCUCGCAACCUCUGGACGGAGGGCUAUUGGGUGUGGGCUGGUGCGGCAGUUGGUGUCGCCUUCACUCUCCUCUGCAUUCUGCUCACCAUCGGCGCAGCCAGUGAUCCCCCCCCAAACUUCUCCCCCUUUCCUUCCCCCAGCGUGGCCCAGGGCGCAGCCAGUGAUCCCCCCCAAAUUCUCCCCCUUUCCUUCCCCCAGCGUGGGCCCAGGGCGCAGCCAGUGAUCUCCCCAGCAUCAACUAGACGCCCGGCCCCGCCAGUGAUCUCCCAGCAUCAGCUAGAUGCCCGGGAAGCAUCUCUAGCCGGCACCAAUCUGGACUUCGCCUCACGCUACCUCCUUCCUCCCUCCCGCGCCCGCACGCUCCUCCCAUCACCGGCUCCACUGCCACGGCGCGCUUCUCGCCAGCAACCGCUUCCGCUCCCCAAGAGCCUCGCCAGGCCUUCCGGCUUCUGCCCGCUCGCUCGGAUUUUUUUCUUCGGGCAGGACCGGCGCUUCGCUCCCGAGGUGACCGUGCAUGAGUCUCUCCUCUACUCCGCCUGGAUGCGCCUGCCUGAGGAGAUCGACCGCGAUGUCAUCCUGGAGAUCGACCGCGAUGUCAUCCUGGUGAGUGCAUGGGCGGGCGGGAUAGAGACGUGCUCAUGCGCGCAAGAGGAGAUCGACAGGGAUGUUAUGAUGGUGAGUGGAGAGGGGUGUGGUUGUGUUGAGUGGAGGGGUGUGGUUGUGGUGGAUGGAUGGGAUGUGUGGGGGGAUGUAAUCAUG